CAUAAUCAUCAUCAAAAUCAGCAACAGAUAAAUGUUAUUGAAAAUGAAAAAUUAACAACAACAACAACAACAACAAAACGACCAUUAUAUGAACGUGAAAUAUCUGAAUUGAGCAUACAAUUUAGUCAAUUUUUAUUUGGAAAUCGUUUUGCACGUCAUUUACUUUAUGCAUUUAUAUUUGUUUUAUAUAAUUUAUUUCUAGCCUAUGCUAUACAUAAAUCAUGGGACAAGACCGAAAAUUAUUGUGAUGGUGUUAAAUUAUUGGUCAUCAUUACGGCAUUGAUUUACAUGUCGUUAAUUAAACGUUUUAUAAUUGUACCAUAUUUUUGGCCAAUAAUUUCGCGGUCAUUUAAUCAUUUAAAUGACCACUGUAUUUCGGAUUUAUUUCGCCGUUUGUUACGUUGUUUAUGUUGGACAAUUGUGCUGUUAUCGAUUGGUACUAUAAUCGGUAUACGUUGUUAUAGGCAGCCAGAAAGAAUUUAUUCUGUUGCCGGUUAUUUUGGUUUCAUUCUUAUUGGUUUCAUUGGUUCGAAACAUCGACAUCAUAUCAAUUGGAAUCAGAUAUUAUGGGGUUUCACCGUACAAUUAUUGUUUGGUAUAUUUGUAUUGCAAACAAUAAUUGGCCGAUCAAUAUUUCAAUGUAUUGGUGAUAAGAUUAAUACAUUUUUAUCAUUCACAAAAUCUGGUACAGAAAUGGUAUUUGGUUAUCUAUCUAAUGGUCAACUACUUGGUACAAUAGCUGGAAAUUAUACAUUGAUUAUUGGUAGUAGUAGUAGUAGUAAUAUAGAAAUGAUGAUGAAUGACCAAAUACAGGUUCAAUUACCAUCAUUACCAUUAAUGGUGCAGAGCUCAAUAUUUGCAUUGUCCGGUAUGCCUGUAAUAAUAUUUUUCAGUUUUUUCGUAUCAAUAUUAUAUUAUUAUGGUAUAAUGCAAAUUAUUGUGAAUAAAUUUGGCCAUCUACUGCAGACAACCAUCGGUACAACGGCUUGUGAAUCAAUAUCAGCAUCGGGAAAUAUUUUUCUUGGAAUGUGUGAAAGUCCAUUACUAAUCAAACCAUUUUUAUCAUCAAUGACAAAAUCAGAAUUACAUGCCGUUAUGACUGGUGGUUUUGCCACUAUUGCUGGUUCUGUGAUGGCUGCAUAUAUUAGUUUUGGUAUAUCGGCAACACAUUUAUUAUCAGCAAGUGUGAUGGCAGCACCGGCUGCAUUAGCAUUAUCAAAAUUAUUCUAUCCAGAAACGGAACAAUCCAAAACAACUGUAGAUGAUAUUUGUUUAGAAAAAGGAUCAGAAAGAAGCGCCAUUGAAGCCGGAUCCAAUGGAGCCAUUUCAGCCGUCAGUCUUGUAGCAAGUAUAUUGGCCAAUCUAAUUGCAUUUGUUUCAUUUCUAACAUUUUUGGAUGCUGUCAUCAAUUAUUUUGGCAUGAUGAUCGAUCUACCAGAAUUAAGCUUCAAGAUGAUUCUAUCGAAAUUAUUCAUACCAAUAGCCAUGAUGUUAGGUGUUGAAUGGUCCGAUGCUGAACGUAUUGCCGGUCUAAUUGGAAUAAAAAUGUUUAUCAAUGAAUUUGUUGCUUAUCAACAAUUAUCCGAAUAUAUUGCCAUUGGUUCCAUUACGAAUCGUUCACAAACAAUUGCAACAUUUGCUUUAUGUGGUUUUGCAAAUCUAAGCUCCAUUGGUAUUCAAGUUGGUUCAUUGAGUACAUUAGCUCCUGCACGGGCAUCCGAUCUAGCUGAAUUGGCAUUUCGUGCAAUGGUAACUGGAUCUAUUGCCUGUUUUAUGACAGCCUGUGUAGCCGGUAUGCUCAUUUAAAAAAUCUGGUUACGACGAAUAAAAGGAAAUUACCUACCAGUGAAAAAGCAAAUAAAAAAUUGACCAAUGAA